CGUGCCUUGUGCCAAGCUGUGCAUGUAUUCAAGAGCGAGGGAGUGGGAAGGCUAGGUAGGCUGAGGGCGUCCGAGAGAGAGAGAGUGGAGUGCAAGCCGUCGGAGUGUGAGAGCUGAAGCAAUGUCGGGUAUCAGGGUAUGCCAACGGUGCGCUUUGCUCAUGUGGCCAUGACCAUGUGGAGGUCAGGGCACUGCGCAAGAGCUCUAGUCUUACGUAUGUUUGUUUGAUUGGACCGGACUUGCACUUCGGGGGCCGAGACUGCUUGGUGGACUGGAUCCUGAGUGGCUGCGGAUCCCGUCGCGUCAUUUUUGCGUUGGACUAACCCUAUUAAGUUUUCUUGCGUUGCGCAAGCCAUUGGCGCCUACAAAGACAUAAUUACGUGCAAGGCGCGCUGGUUUGGCAACUUCGGUUUCAGUCGCGGGCACAAAUGCAGUUGGUGCUUGGCACCGUCGCGUCGCUGCGUUUCCAAAUGCCCCCCGCUGGGCGUCGACCAGCAGCGCUUCAGCCAGACAUAUCCAAGAGGCGACUUGUCGUGCGUGACGCGACUUCGCAGCCUCGGAAGGGCUCGGGAGCCGGGGACGCGAAGCCGCGCAAGGCCGCACCACCCAAGCUGCCAAGCGCAGGAGCUGAGCUGCCUUGGGCCUCCGCCGGCACGAGUAGCCCCGCGCCCUCCCCCACGCCAAAGGUGGCGCCCCCCGAGCCAGACGGCGCGCCUGCCCCUGCUCCAGCGCCUAAAAAAGUACGCAAAGCAGCAAGCAAACCUGUGGCGGCAGCGGAGGAGCAGCAGGCGGCGGCAGUAGUGCCGCAGGCUCCUGCUGCUACUGCAGCGCCUGCUGCGGCGGAAGAGCAGGAGCAGCGGCCACGCAGGCAUCUGCGCAAGGGCAAGCAGCGGUACAAUGGCGGCGAGGGCCAGGAGCCCAUCGCCUUCCUUGCCGGGUACGAGGACCCCGCGGCUCUGGGAUGGCGCUACACGGGGCACGACAGCCGCAUCACAGCCGCCUACUACGAGAACGACAGCGGGAUCAAGAUCGACGCAUUCUACCAGACGGGCACCCUCAAGAUGUUGCACCCGCGGCCCGCAGCCCCGCCCGGCGGCGCGGCGCGCAAGGGCCCUCCACCCACCACCUACCACAACAGGCUGUCGGCCAAGCAGUGGAGGGACGUGCUCACGUCGCCGCCGCCGCCGCCAGAAGACGAGGAGGACGGCGCCGAGGCUCUGGGUGAGGACGAGCUGCCCUUCGAGUUCCCCCGCGGCUACGCCGACCCCGUGGACCUGGACUGGGAGUACGUGGGCAGCGAGCCCGCAACCAGGGUGGCCUUCUACGAGAGGCGGGAGCCGGGAGGCCAGGUGCUCAAGCUGCAAGCCUUCUACACCACAGCCACCAUCAAGUUGGUGUUCGCCCGCCCCAGCAAGCGCUCUCCGCCCGAGCAUCCGCCCGUGUACUUCCGGCGCCUGCGGGCCGCCGCCUGGCGCCAGGUGCUGGCCGACCCGCGGGCGCACCUGCAACUGGGGUACGUGGCGGAGCCGCCGCCGCCGCGCCGCCGGCAGUAGCCGGCAGUAGCUAGUGCUACGUACAGCAGCAGCAGUAGCAGCUGCUGCUUGAGGCGCGCUGGCCGGCCCAACUGACGGGGUCAGUAUGGAACGGGGCUGUGCGGCUGCAUGGGUAGCGGCCCAUGGGGUGCGGGCUCGCGUCAGCAGCUCAGCCCAUACCGGGCGGGCGAGACCAGAUGUAUUCUGACACGCCUUUCAGGGGCCAGUACCCAGAACGCACGCUACCGGACAAUCAUGACACUGACCACAUACGAGUCCAAUCCCCAGGGCGUCGUGAUCGGCCGCGAACCAAUAAACCAGCAGCAGUCAUAGCAGCCGCGGGAGCAGCAGCCGGCGGUGCAUGAGACGGCGGCGGCGGGCGUGUCGUUUGGCAGCAGCGGCGAGGGUGGCGGCGGCGGCGGCGGCGUGUCCUCGGGCCCGGGCAUGGUGCUGGACCGCGGACUGCCGCAGCGGCUGGCGGGUGCUGGUGGCAGCGGCGGCGGCUAGCGGCAUUGGCGGCGCCACACUCACGUCUGAUGUCUGAUGCCUGAUGACCGCCUGCAUCCGUCUGAAGCGGAGGGGUUUUGAAGGUGCCAUGGGGCUGGAGAGGGCGGCUUGAGGCAGGCGCAGAGGUGUUGAACGCGGAGGUUGUGUGCUGCCCGUAGAAAAGAAGAGAUUGCAUAUGGUGGUGGCGGUCGGGCGCAUCACCUGUGGCGCGUUUCUGCACGGCCAACCGCCGCAGGCACAACAGAGACCUCGCGGGCUGAUUAAUACACUGCAUACAAGUGCCACUAAGCUGUGAGGCUGUGAGACGCGUGGACAGGUUUCGGGCCGGGCGCGCCAGUCAGUCGCCAGUCUCGUGGCUGUCGUUAAUGGCCUGGUCUUGGAUCCAGGCCAGCCGCGCGUGUGCAUCCCGCCGGCUUUGCCCUUGAUUGUACGCGUACUACGUUUCUAGUAGCAUAGCGCUUAUGUUAUGACGUACGCGCUGACUGAAGAGCGCUCGUUCUGCAAAACGUUUUGUCGCCCGGUCACGCUAAUCUGUUCAACCCUGUAAGUCAAAGCUUAUAUUCUGAAUGCAAUGACGGUAGAGGAGAAAGGAAAUGGGGCAGCGGCGGUCGUGGAGGAGGCGCCCAAGCCAAAUUGGAAGGAGCGCUGGGCGACGACGUGGCCAAAAAUCCAGUA